AUGUUGACAGUAAGUCGAUGUAUGUGUGCCGCAUCAUUGUUACAAUUUACUCCACAGUUGGCUUUUGUACAAAAAAUGAAUGUUCAUCAUCAUAAAGAACGACAUGAUUUAGAUUUGUAUAUCGGCAUCAAAAGAUCGAGCAAAAGUAGAGCCAAUAGGCAUACGCAAGUCAAUGAAGGGAUUUUUAGAAAGUGUCGUGCGCGUAAAACAGCGAUUAUUGACCUACCUGAAGAUAGUAUUGAUAAUAAAAUGGAAAAUAUGUUACCAGCUGAUAUACGGAUCAUGAUGUUGAAAAAAGGUAUUAAUCCAUACAAGGAAGUUCAGCCGAGAAAUUGGAAUGAGCACCAAAUCACAUUUAGCUCAAUUCCUGGUGUAAUGGAACCAUCCGUUAAACCUGAAAAUCCACUACCUUUCUUUAGCGAUGAAAGUGCGGCAUUUGAAUCAUUAAAAGCUAAGGGUGAAGAAUUAGUAUCUCGUUCCUUAUCAAGCUAUCGCAACUAUAGAUAUGGGACAAUGAGAAUUAGAAAAAAAGAGGGUUUCGAAAAAUUCGAUCCGAAAACCUUUGGAGCGAUUGCUGAUACUAUUUUUAUUGAAGCUCAUAAGGCUCUUAUCGCACGUGAUAUUAAAUUACUUCAAAAAUAUGUUACCGAAAAUGCCUUUCAAAAAAUGUGGCCUGAUGUCGAAAAGGGAUCAAUAUUUUGGGAAUUAAUAGAAUUCAAAGAACCAUCGCGUGUAAUGACAAUUCGAUGUGUCGACAUGCCCAUAAAUUCUGGUAAUGAUAUUGCUCAAAUUACUGUGCGGAUGCAUUCACUUCAAAAAUUAGCGCUGUAUGAUAGAUUUGGUCGAAUAAUUCUCGGUUCGGAAAAUGAAAUUCGUCCUAUUGUUGAAUAUGUUGUAUUUGAAAAUCAUAUUGCGAGUUUAGAUGGUAUUUGGCGGUUGCAUGAUAAAGUUCAUCCUUACUGGGCUAAGCCUAAAGAACCGGCACGAAUAACGACUGUCUUAAAUGAGAUUAAUGAAGAAUCGAGGCCAUCGCAAGCAGUUGCCAUAAAAAACACAGUGGAUCCUCGUAAAUUAUAUGAUAAGGAAGAAAGAAAAGAUGAUUGA